GAGUUUUCUAAUUGAUUUCUCCUCCCAAACAUGCUGAGCUCGUAAGCCAUUGCAGCUUGAGAGGGUAUUGUUUGAGUCUCACGGUGCCGAUCGCACUCCAUCCAUAUGCAAUACGGAAGGGAUGGAGCUACGAAAACCGCCGAUACCGCCGACUGAACGCGACGUCGAAGAACGGAAAAGAAGAGCAUUUGCCGACGUCGACGAAUUUACGGUAACAACACAUGAGCGUUCGCUUUGUAAGAAGACCAAAGCCGAGCGAGAACGCGCGUGGCGUCUAUGGAAUAGAUGUGUUACAAUUAACACAAAAAGAGGCUGAUAAGGUUUGGUUUGGUGUGUGUCGAAACAAGAAAAAGUCCAUUGCUAUCUGCAAGAGCUUUCUGGCCGACUAUACACGCUAUGCAAGAUGCAGGCGUCUGUGUAUAGACGGUACCGAGGAACAGAAGCAGGUACCAACAGUUCAAUCAGUAGUGACUAUUAUUGCUUUAUGGAAGCAUAUAGUAACUCAAGCUGAUGCUGUAGUGCUCGCGAAGAGAAGGGAUCAUGAUUCAAAUGAAGAUUCAGACGAAGGUUCCGAACAAUGGACAUUGCUUGGCAACCGUGGGAAGGCCCGUGGAGAGGUUAUCCAGUGGAUCCAAUCAACUCUUGCACAAAAGUUCAACCUCUCAUGCAGACAAACAUUUGAGAAAACCGAAGCCACCACAGACAAUGUUCUGCUUAUUCUUAGCACUUUGUGGGAACGCGCAGUCGAUAUACCCUGUGAUCCUAGAUGUCGUCUUGCCUUUCAUACAUUGGUGCUUAUAGGAAGCAUUGGCUUUCGGCCCGGCACUUAUGAGAACAUGCUUUAUCGACAAGUCAAGCUACUUGUCGUUCGCGACCCGGAUACAAAGCAGUCAAGGCUUGUUGCUGAGAUCACGAUCAAUCAAAACAAGCUAUCGGCUAACAAAAUUGAUAAGGGGGCAGAUGUGGUGACCUUUUCUGCUACUAUGGUACCAUGCCAGAUCGUUUGUUUAGUUACGUUUGUAGCUAUUCAAGCUCUACAUGAUGAUGCCUUCGAAACAGAGUUUUCGUCCUUCGACGAAUUACUUCAGCGUCCAAACUUGGAAGAUGUUGAUUGCAUUGAACUUAGGUGGAAGGAUGGGAUGCAGGAAAAGCCUAUCUUUCCCUUAAAGUACUACAAAUAUCUGGAACUUUGGAACCGGACAUGGUUGGUAGCGGGCAACAGAAACACUCUCCGGCCCUAUGCGCUGCGAAUCGGCAGUGGAAAUAAAAUUGAUGGUAAGAACCCUUUACCCGUUUCCCUUACUAUUUUGCUUACAAUUUUUACACAAGGUUCCCUUACAUCCGCUAUUCGAAACCACAUCCUGAGCCAUAACACAAAAACAUUCGAAACCUCUUACCAAGUGUCACACGGACAUCGCCCACAGUCCAGGGUUAGGGUCGCAAGGCUCAGUAGAGCCUCAACGCUUGGAAUGAGCCUCGAGAUGCCCGGUGGCCUCCGGCCGCAACACUCACCUCGGCCGGACUCUCGGCCACGGGAACUGCUUACCCGAACCCCUUUCGACGCUACCAGGCUAGCGAGCCAACUAUGGAAGUGCCGAAGACGCUGAUGAAACACCAUGAGACAAUCCCCAGUCAUCCCAGAAGUAACACAGCCAACCAAGCAAGAAGCACGGCGCUCGGAUGAAUGAUAGCGCCAGAAGGAAGAUGAAGAAUGGAUGAAGGCAUUCAGGAAGAUCCACAUGUAUGCAGGCUGCUAGAUAGAUGCCUUGAAGCCUCAGGCGACAAGUACCGAUUCCCUUUGGCAUAAAAGGCC